CUGGUAGAAACCCCCCAAAUCUCUUCAAAAUUACACUUCCGACCCCAAACUUCUUCCCUUAACCGGAAAUCCCACUGGAAUCCACCAUAUACGUCGGAAAUGUGGCCGGCGAAACCACCAGCAUCGAGCUAUUGCAGUCUUCAAAGCUCUCUCUUAUCUCUCGCUAUCUUUACCUUACUUUCCUUCACAUAUCUCUCUCUUAAUUCCUUCCAUAACCCUAAUUCUCACGUACAAUCAUCUCAGCAGGUUGUUAGAGUGGACGAGGAGGUGUUAUCGGAUUUGUAUAAUUCGAUAACAUCUCAGGUUGUUAGAGCGAAGGAGGAGGAGUUAACGGAUGUGUAUAAUUCGCCUGAAGUGUUUAGGUUGAAUUAUGAGGAAAUGGAGAGGAAAUUUAAGGUUUAUAUAUAUAAAGAUGGAGAUCCGAAGACGUUUUAUCAAACACCAAGGAAACUGACGGGGAAGUAUUCUAGUGAGGGAUAUUUCUUCCAGAAUAUUCGAGAGAGUAAGUUUGUUACUGAGGAUCCGGAUGAGGCUCACUUGUUCUUCAUUCCGAUCUCUUGUCACAAGAUGAGAGGAAAGGGCACCUCAUAUGAGAACAUGACCGUAAUUGUACAAACCUAUGUUGAUAGUUUGAUUGCCAAAUACCCAUACUGGAAUAGAACCAUGGGUGCAGAUCACUUCUUUGUUACCUGUCAUGAUGUUGGUGUCAGGGCAACUGAAGGGCAUCCCUUUCUUGUAAAGAAUGCAAUCCGUGUCGUGUGCUCCCCUAGCUAUGAUGUUGGAUAUAUUCCACACAAGGAUGUCGCUCUUCCACAAGUUCUACAGCCAUUUGCCCUUCCAGCUGGAGGAAAUGACAUUGAGAACAGGACAACUUUGGGUUUCUGGGCAGGUCAUAGGAACUCUAAAAUCAGGGUUAUCCUGGCACGCCAAUGGGAAAAUGACACUGAACUGGAUAUUUCCAACAACCGGAUAAACAGGGCUACAGGACCUCUUGUUUAUCAAAAGAGAUUUUACAGGACAAAGUUUUGCAUAUGUCCAGGUGGUUCUCAGGUUAACAGUGCUCGUAUAACAGACUCAAUACAUUAUGGAUGUGUUCCUGUGAUACUCUCUGAUUACUAUGACUUGCCAUUCAACGACAUUCUCGAUUGGCAUAAAUUUGCUGUCGUACUGAGGGAGAAGGAUGUAUAUGACCUAAAGCACAUUCUCAAGAACAUCACGCAAGAUGAAUUUGUGAUUUUGCACCACAAUUUAGUGAAGGUUCAGAAGCACUUCCAGUGGAAUACACCUCCUAUAAGGCAUGAUGCUUUUCAUAUGGUUAUGUACGAACUCUGGCUGCGUCAUCAUGUGAUCAAGUACUAAACUGGAAAAUAGAUAUACGAUAAAUCAGGUAUAGAACGCGCUUAAAGUUGUAUAUAACUGCUUAAGCAUUGUGCCAUCUUCUUCCUCCGUGUUCCCGGACACUGGAGACAGGUCCUAAUGGAGGCAAAGCCAUUGAGGCUGAGAUCACGAAAGAGCUGUUUCUUCUGUAAUUUAUGUGACCUUUUUGUACCUAUCAAGGAACAACUUUUUGAGCACUUGUUACCUCUCAAGAAGGGUGAAGAUUGAUUCUUGUUUGUGCACUGCAAAGGAUAAUAUAGGUGUUAUUUUCAUGUAAUUUAUUCAUUUAUUCUUCCAUUUCCAUUGAGGAACUACUAUCACCUUCUGUAGAUGCAGUUGGAUUUAAUCUAGAAUGACUAUAUAUUCGGUUUUA